UAUCUGAACGGAGUUGAGUAAAUCAGUUCAUUCCCGCGACGCCGUUAAAUAUUCCAUAUUCUCCUCCAAGCUCUUAUCGCUCAUCAGCCAUCAGCAAUGGGAGUUUCAAUGGCUUCUUCAUGUUCCAGAGAAACUUCACCCUUGCUCUUGCUCUUCUCCUUCUCCUUUUCUCUCUUUCUUCUCUUCUCCUCCGCAACGUCAACAGACACAAUCUCCGCACAUCAUUCUCUGUCCGGAAACCAGACCGUCACUUCCAGAGGCGGCACGUUCGUGCUAGGCUUCUUCACGCCACCAGGUAGCACCGGCACGACCUCCUUCAACUACUACAUCGGCAUCUGGUACAAUAAUAUCUCAGAGCUCACCCCCGUGUGGGUGGCCAACAGAGUCACUCCAGUCACGGAGCCAACAGCGUCGGAGCUUAAGAUCUCUGACGAUGGCAACCUCGCCCUGCUAGACCAGUUCAAAUCUAUCAUCUGGUCCACCAAUGUCACCGCCAUCUCAUCCUCCAACUCCACAACCGUCGCGGUCAUCCUUGACACGGGUAAUAUCCAGCUCCGGGAUGAAUCCAACUCCUCUCUCGUCUUCUGGCAGAGCUUCGACCAACCCAUUGGCACUUUGCUACCCGGAGCCAAGUUCGGGAUCAACAAGAUCACCAAGAGAUCCCAGCGCCUCACGUCCUGGAAGAGCAAAGUCGACCCUGCUCCCGGAAUCUUCAGCUUCGAGAUGGAUCAGGAAGGAAGCUUUCAGUACUGCUUUUGGAAUUCGUCUCGCACAUAUUGCACUACUGGGCUGUGGGAUGGCCGAAUCUUCAGCCAAAUGAAUGAGUUGCCUCCCGUUUACAUUGUCAACUUCCAAGUAGUCAAUGAAACAGAUGAAAACUACUUCACGUACACUGUCAUUGAUCCCAACCACUUGACGUCCAGAUAUGUGAUCGAUUCUGAAUACGGCCAGAUCCAGCUACUGACAUGGAUUAAGAAUUCAAACUCGUGGCAGCUCAUCUGGGCUCGACCGAGAAGCAAAUGCUCCGUUUAUGGGGUCUGCGGGCCUUUCGGAAGCUGCCAUGACCUCCCCACGCCAUUCUGCACUUGCGUUAAAGGUUUCAGGAUCAAGUCUCAGACAGAUUGGGGUUUGGGCGAUCGAAGCCAGGGUUGUGAGAGGAUGAUUUCUCUGCAGUGCAGUGGCCAGAACAAUUCUGAAGAAGAUGGUUUCUUUAAGAUGGAAAAUGUUAGAUUACCUGACAACUCCCUCAGUUUGGCCAUGCUUGGGAGCUCCCAAGAUUGUGAACAAGCUUGCUUGAGUAAUUGCUCUUGUAAUGCUUAUUCCUUCAGCUCCACUGGGUGCUUUGUUUGGCAUGGAGAAUUACUCAAUCUUCAGGAAGAACUUAAUGAGCUUGAUGCAGGCAUUCUUUAUCUGCGCUUGGCUGCCUCGGAGUUGCAAAUUUCUGAAAACAACAAGAAGAGAAUGGUAGCACACAUCUCCUUAGGGGUCGUCGCUGCUGUAGUUUGUUUGUUCAUGAUUGGGGGUUUCGUUUGGAAGCGAGAGAGGAGGAGAGCCAUCCAAAACUCAAAAGUUGUGCAGAAUUCUUUGGUCUCCUUCAUGUAUGAUGAGCUGCGGAUUGCCACCAAAAACUUCUCCGUAGAGCUCGGAGGAGGGGGAUUUGGAUCCGUGUUUAAAGGGUCGUUACCCGGCUCAAUUGAUAUCGCUGUGAAGAAGCUUGAGGGUCUUUACCAAGGCGAGAAGCAGUUCCGAGCGGAGGUGAGCAUACUAGGAGUUAUUCAACAUGUAAACCUCAUUAGGCUAAUUGGCUUUUGCGCUCAAGGGACCAAGAAGUUGUUGGUCUAUGAGUUCAUGCCAUGUGGUUCGUUAGCUGAUCAGCUUUUUCGUAGCAACUCGAAUGUUUUGGACUGGAAAACAAGAUAUCGAAUUGCUAUCGGAACUGCAAGAGGAUUAGCUUAUCUUCAUGAGCAAUGCAGGGACAACAUCAUACAUUGUGACAUUAAGCCAGAGAACAUACUAUUGGACGAUGCACUUGUGCCAAAAGUAGCCGAUUUUGGUCUAGCAAAGCUCGUCGGAAGGAACUUUAGCAAAGUUCUCACAACCAUUAGAGGAAGUAGAGGGUACAUUGCACCCGAAUGGAUUUCAGGUAUGCCCAUCACCACCAAAGUAGAUGUUUACAGCUACGGAAUGAUGUUGUUCGAGAUUAUAUCGGGAAAGAGAAAUUUGGUCAGUGCAACAGAAAGUUGUUUUGAGUUCUUUCCAUCAGUUGCAACAAGCAAACUCAUUAAUGGAGAUGUCAAAGGCUUGCUAGACCACCAGCUCGAGUGCAAAACUGACUUGGGAGAACUUGAAAUAGCUUGUAAAUUGGCCGGUUGGUGCAUUCAAGAUGAUGAGAGUUCCAGGCCAACGAUGAGUCAAGUUGUUCAAGCUCUAGAGGGUAAUCUAAACAUCAACAUUCCUCCUAUGCCCAAGUUUCUCCAACGCCUAUCUGACUCUUGUGCCGACAACAUCAAUUCCCCUGGAAACUUCUCUUCAAAUCAGAACUCCAACUGUCGUGCCUCUUCAACUGAGAUAAACAAUGCUACAACUUAAGCACUAGUUCAGACAGAACAAAGAUAUGCUUCAAGUCCAUUUGUUAUGUGAUCCCAUCCAAAAGCGGUGAGAGAUGGAAUGCCGGUGAGGUGACUAGAAUGUGGAUCAAGUUAUCAUGACCUAUAGGGAGAAGAAGGUGAGCUGUCUAUCUUCUAGGUUGACUGGAAUACUAUACCUCCAAGAAAAGCCAAAAAAAGGAGACCAAAUGUGCCAAAAAAAUCUCCUGUCCAUGACAUCUGCAAGGCUGCUAGAAGGUAGACAGAGCGUUAAGAGGAAGACUAGGGGCGCCUCAGCUUUCCACUUCGAUGUUUGAUGUCAAAAAUGGAGAGAUAAAUAGUGUAGGAGAAUAAUAAAAUAUAGAUGUAUGUAAUAAGGAGUAUCUAAUGUACCUUAAUCCAUAGGGGCAUGACUUUUUAUAGCAUGAAAGAGUUAUGCGUCACAUCCGUGGCUGCUAUAAGAGGUGGUGCAUUUCUUAACAAGAUGUGAAUAUGUUAUGUCAAAGGUAUCAGAGGGUCAUGCCACCCAUAUCUUGCAUUGUGGAGAUCUUUUAGGGAUCACGUUAUGCCACAUAUACUACUCCACAUGUUUGGAC